AUGCCGGCGGCCGGCGCUCCCUUCUCCGCGCCGAGCCUCGUUGCGAACGACGACGACACGUUCCGCUCCAUCGCCGUGUUGCGUCCGCCCGCCGACCCUGCGAUUGGAUCCGAGUCGCCGGUGCCGGUGGGCGAGCUGUCCGCAGGGUGCCUCGACGGCACUCUGGCGCAGCUGCUCGCUGCGGGGAGGUACGAGGAGGCGCUCGCGAGCCAGCAGCACCUCGAUGCGGUCGCGCAGCUGGCGGUGCAGCAGAACGAGUACGAACGAGCCAAGGAGAACGACGAGCUGGAGGAGGCCAUCCACAUCAAGAAGGACCAGCACCCAGUGCCAACACCAGUCACCAGUCACCAGUCACCAACCGCCGGCCUGCCGGCUGCCGACUCACUCUCCCUCCACCUAAAGGUGGUGCUGCCGGCGCUGCGCGCGCGGCUCGCCUCCGACCCAGCCGCGUGGUCGCGUCCUGUGGCGCCUCCGUAUGCGACGGCGGGCACUCUGGCGGCGGAGGCGGCGUCGCGCUCUCGCGAGGCGGUGUCGCGCUUCGGUGAGGCCGAGGCGGCGCCGUUCGCCCGCCUCUGCUCUGCCGACCUCUCGUCCGUCGCGGCGUCCGACCUGCCCGCCGCCGCGGCGAAGCUGCGGCGUCUCCGCGCGGCGCACGUGCUGCUGAUGGAGACGAGCGAGGCCAUCCUGCGGACAAUGACCGACGCAGAGGCGCUCGUCAGCGCGCUGCCUCCCUCCGCCGGCAGCGCGGAGCGGGCGGCGGCGCUGCGCUCUCCAAAGGCGGCUCGGCUGCCUCGUCGCUUCCUCUCGCGAAUGGCUCGUUUCCGCCGCUCGCGCGUCCCAAAGAAGCAGUCCAAUCGACGCGCCGCCGCCGUCGCCGCCCCCGACGACGAGGCGCCGGAGCCGCCGCUCAACGAGCGGUGCGCGCUCUCGCUGCUGCCGCUGCAGUCGGCAAACGCGUUCCCCGAGCUGCCUCCGACGGUGGCGUGGGAGGGGAAGCGCUGCCACGCGCCGUGCGUCAACCUGUGGCUGCACGGCGUGAAGCAAGCGUGGCCCGCGGUGUGA